UGGAACCACCGCGAACAUGAAGGAGCCGAUAAAUCAUUUCUCUGCCUUGCUAGUGAGAAAACUGUGAGCCUGUUGAGAUGGGAAAAUUAGGGUUCCUAGCGAUGAAGACGGAUCAGUUGAGCGACGAUCUCAUCAAUUCUGAUCUACGGGAGCUCGGUGCAGCGGCGAAGAACCUCGCCAACCAUGCCUUCGUGCUUGGAAGCAGCCUCGGCUUCGGAACCUACUUUCUCAAGUUCUUGGCAUCCUUCGCCGCGAUAUAUUUGUUGAUUUUGGACCGGACAAACUGGAAGACAAAUAUGCUGACGGCUCUUCUAGUCCCGUACAUAUUCUUGAGUCUUCCCUCUGUAAUAUUUUCUUUUUUGAGAGGUGAGGUUGGAAAAUGGAUUGCAUUUAUUGCUGUAGUGCUGCGUCUCUUCUUCCCCCGACACUUUCCAGAUUGGUUGGAGAUGCCAGGAUCAUUAAUUAUCCUUCUCGUUGUUGCUCCCGGCUUCUUCGCCCACACCGUCAGGGGCGGGAUAUUAGGCGUGAUCGUAUGCCUUAUCAUCGGCUGCUACCUUCUGCAGGAACACAUUCGCGCUUCCGGCGGCUUCCGAAAUUCCUUCACAAAGAGCAAUGGGAUAUCCAACACCAUUGGCAUAGUUCUGCUCCUUGUCUACCCUGUGUGGGGACUUAUUGUCAUUUUGAUUUAGAUUUGUGUAAGCAUCUAUUGAAGUCAUAGUCUGCAGUCUUUGUUGGUUUGUUAUGAAUAAUUCUACCGCUGCGCUUCUUUAGUUGUAGAAAGCUUGUUUGGUUUAAGGGUCGUCCUGUACUAUUUGGAAAUUUGUUUUCGUUAUGGUCGUUAAAGAGACUAUUUUUAUUGCUGGACAAUACUCUACUGAGCUUUUGCAGGUUCCAGUUUUCC